AAUAUUUAAAGGCAGCCAUGUCUUAAUAAUGUAAUUCCUCAAUUGGGGUUAAUCAUUUGCUGACUUCUGAUUGCAUGACAACUUCUGAGCAGACAUUAGUGAGAUAAGACAUUAUGUAUAUAUACCUGUAACCAGAGACUAACAACGAUCCACAAUUAAGAGGAGAUACAAGAGGAACAGAAGAUUAUUGAAAACAGAUAGAAUAUGAUCAUGAAGUCAUCAGUGCCCGCCGUGGCCCUGAUCGCACUAGUGAUGUCCGGGGCGCAGGCAUUUGUUUCAGUUGGUAUUGGAAACACUCAUGUGACCAUUACUGGCAGUGCUGUAAUGGCAAAGAUCUAUGAGGUGUGUGAAGCAGUGGCUGAAACAGAAGGAAGAGAUUUCAAACCAACGGGCUCAUCAGCAGAGGAGGUACUGCGGGCGUGUUUGGGCACGGCCACAGGUGAGGUUUCAGGCGGCAAGUUCCAUACGGCACUAAAUCAGAUCUACAUGCAGAAUGGCUUUGUGGACCGGGACUUCAUGAGCAGUGCACCACACCACUUCAACAAUGAGGCCUUUAAUGAGGGACGCAACCUUAUCAUUCAGGGGAUUGCUGCUAUUAAAGCAAACGUCCGCACUGACAACCUUCAGUCUGCCCGAGAAACACUGGGACGAGUGUGUCACACGCUGCAGGACUUUUACAGCCACAGUAACUGGGUUGAAUUAGGUAACAAAAGUCCAUAUGCCAACCUCAUCAGACCAGAUCUUAACAUUGAGAAGAUUGCAGACAUUACAAUGCCAACAUGCAGUGACUGCGCCAGUGGUACCUGUCCAAACCAGCUGCUUCCUGCAAUUCUCAGUGGGAAGUACCUCACUUCUGGAUAUAUGGGCUUGUUCUCAAGUGACAAACCUCAAGGUAAAUGUAGCCAUGGUGGAGAGACUGAUCUCAGCAGUACCCAGAAUCCUCGAGGUGGGAUCAAUAAAGAUGAGCAUCAAUCUCAUAAUGCUGGUCUACACAACAGUGCUGUGAACCUGGCCUCUGAAGCCACGCUGAAUCUGCUGGAGGACAUCCGUGGAGCUGUUGGAAACAAGGAUUACCUUCGACUGAUGGGUAUCGCGCGAUCUGCAGUGCUGGCUUUUGUGAUUGACACCACAGGCAGUAUGUCAGACGACAUUGCAGAGGCCAAGAGACUCGCCUUCAGUAUCAUUGACAGUAAGAAAGGAACUCAAGAUGAACCGUCUGAAUAUAUUCUGGUGCCAUUUAAUGAUCCAGCAUUCGGGCCACUAAUAAGAACCACAGACCCAGAUGUGAUGAAGACAGAGAUCUCCAAGCUCACAGCUUCAGGAGGAGGCGAUACCCCAGAAAUGUGCCUGUCGGCUCUUCAGCUGGCCCUGACAGGAGCUCCUUCCUCCUCAUUUAUAUAUGUGUUCACGGAUGCUCCACCUAAGGAUAAAUACCUGGAGAAAACCAUCACCGCCCUUAUUCGCAGCACCAAGUCUACGGUAUCUUACUUAAUAACAUCGUUCAGGAGGAGGAAAAGGGCACUGAAGGCAUCAUCAGAGUUUCAGAUAUAUUAUGACACGGCUUUGGCCUCUGGCGGUCAAGCCAUUGAGGUCUCCAAGUCCAGCAUCUCUCAAGCCACUGAUAUCAUUGUUGACACAUCUACAUCAGCCCUGGUGACAAUUCUUCAGUGCUCCCGGAAUCCAGGACGUGUAGAAAAUUUCCCUUUCCUCCUGGAUGAGUCUGUGUCCAACACUACCAUCUACAUCACAGGAAGUAGCCUCACAUUCAACCUGCGCAGCCCCACAGGUGUGACUCAAUCCAACACUGUUGAAGACGGACCUCUGGGAACAAUUCAGAAAGUGGGAAACCUGCAACGGAUCCAAUUAAACGGAACUGAGAUGGGCCUGUGGCACAUUGAGAUGACAACAACUAAUGCCUACACCAUAAAAGUGAUGGGACAGAGUGCGACUACAUUCAUCUACGAAUUUGUGGAGGAAUUCAAAGGACCCCAUCCUGGAAUUGCUCCCAUUGAUGGCCGGCCGUCUGCAGGCUCACCGGCUAAGCUGCUGCUAACGUUGAGUGGAGAGAAAGGUCCAGAGACUCUGGAGCUGCAGGAGGUUGCUCUCAUGGAGGUGUCUGGGGUCAAAGUGUCUAAUGGAACCGUUGAGAAAAUGGGUGGUGGAGAUUACCUGGUUACUGUGAAAGAAGUGCCACAGGGAGAGUUUGUGGUACUGCUGAAGGGAAAAGACAAGACCUUCAACAGCCUGUUCCAGAGGCAGACCACCACACAGAUGUCUCAGUCCAAAGUCACCAUCAAGGCAAUAGCAGACAGCUCCAUGCUGCCAGGAGAAGAAUUCAAACUCAAUUUUACUGUUACAACCAACGGAACCGGUGGUACCUACACAAUUAAUGCAAGGAAUGACAAAGACAUCCCUAUGACACAUCCAGCAAGUCUCAGUCUCACGAGUGGCGGCAGUGCUCAGGGGACGGUGUCUCUCACUCCACCUGCUAAUACGGUCUCAGGCACGGAUGUUACGCUAACCAUUGAGGCAGAAGCCCCUGGAGGAAGUGAUUCAAACUAUGCUGUCCUUCGCCUUUCUGUUCUCUCCAAGGUUACCGACUUUACACCUCCAAAAUGUGAAAUUGUCAGUGUAAAGGGUACUUGCUACUCCUCCUCUUGCGGCUCAUCAAACUGGGAAAUGUCUGUCAGCAUCACAGACCGUAAUGGUACAGGCAUCGAGAGCAUUUCCAUCCAGCAAGGCGGUGGAAACUUUAACCAGAGCACAGCGGAAGGCGAUGAAACCAUGGUGAUGGGUCUGUAUGAGGCCUCAUGUUGUUCAACUUCUGUGACUUUGUCUGCAGUUGACAAGGUAGGGAACGUGGGCAGGUGCAGUUAUACCAUGAAGUCCAGCGCAGGAGCUCGCCUCAUCAGCAUGUCUCUCCCUCUGUGGGCAUCUCUGCUUUUAUAUUGUUUUCUACGUGAUGCCUUCUCUCUGUAAUGAAAUGGAGUUCAUCCAGCCAAAUACACAGUCAUCCCAUCCUCCUUUUUCUCAUCCCAUUAUUUUAUAAAAAAGUAUUCUUAGAGCUAUGAAGGUGUAUAAAGCAAAGCUUUUCAUCCCAAACUUUCUAUAAUUGGUAUUUCCAGAUAUGCAGGACUACCGAUGAAGAACUACGCUGCUUUUACAGACCCUACAAACCUAAAAGAUUGAUUAGACUUUUAGAAACAUAAUUCAGGAUUCACAGAAGUCUUUUUUAUCAACAUAAAUGUAAUUCAGCAGUUAUGAUUGUUAUUUUUGUUUUACACUAAUUUAGUGAAUUAUUUGGAUGAUCAAUAUAAAUGAAUGUUGCAAAAAUGUAAAAAUGUUUUCUAAUCUACAAUAUUACUUUGUUCUGCCCAAAUAUAGAAUUUUUUUAUUUCAGUAUAUUUUAUGUAACAUAAAAGGUCUCAUAUAUUUUGGAUAUCAAUAAAAAAAUUAAAAUGAUUUUACAAAUGUC